AUGGUUGACCUAUUGACCGAGGCUCUGAGGCAACAACAGAACCAACAGCCCCCACCUCCUCCAGUACAGCCAGAACCGAAUGUCAAUGAUGAUGUAAUUGCCUUGACACAAAAGUUUAACAAAAUGAAGCCACCAACAUUCCAGGGAGGUCUUGAGCCACUAAAGGCCGAAGCACGGGUUUUAGAAACUGAAAAGCUGUUCGAUGCUCAGUUUAAGGAAGCUUUUUAUGAGAAGUAUUUCCCGCAGUAUGUCAGGGAUCGUAAAGUAACUGAAUUUGAACAAUUGAAGCAGGGUACCAUGUCAGUAGCAGAAUAUGAAUCCAAGUUCACUGAACUCGCCCGACAUACACCACACAUGGUUGAUGCUGAUUAUAAAAAGGCUAGGAAGUUUGAAGGCGGGCUUAAUGUGGAGAUACUUGAUCGAAUCAAUGUCUUGAAACUGCUCUAA